GAUUGUCCACAUGUCGCCCGAACUCCAUGCCAUGAUCACCGGCAUCAUCAGCGCGCUGACCACCGUGUUCUGGGGGUUGAUCAUGGUCAUGCUGCUUCUGGCAGUUUGGGCCGUACUUGCGGUCGAGCUCCUGCACGGAUCGGCACACAGAAUACACGGCAACAACGACCUGUGCCUGUCG